AUGGAGCAAACAAUAGAGCCUCCGUUAGAUGUCAAACAUCGACCAAAACCUGAAAUUUCUUCCAAACCUCCGAGGAAGAGAAAGAGGAUUGUUAUAUCAUGCACAGAGUGUCACCGCAGGAAGCAGAAGUGCGACCGGCAAUCCCCUUGCAGUAAUUGCAUUGCUCGAAACAAACAGUCCCUCUGUCAAUACGAGAACGAGUCUGCGAGGAAACAGCAGCUACUAGAGGAGAGCACAAACGGAUCGUCAGAAAAUGGCGGGGUAUUCAAUGUUAUCAAGCAAGAGUCGGAGACGGCGGCUCAGGUCAGCGCAUUCGGAUAUGCGAAAUCCAAUGGGAAUAACAAUACCACCCUCGGGAUAUUCAAGAAACUUGAAACCCUCGAUACGGGGACAUCUUCGCCGUUGUCAAUGAUGACAUCGAGCUCAGCAGACCAUGGAGGACUGAAGGAGAAAUAUAAGAGCAUGAUUCGACAACUCCCAGCUAAACCAUAUAUUGAGAAGCUGAUUGCAUGUUAUUUCCGAGAAGUCAAUUGGCAAUACUCUCCUUUGGACGAAGGAACGUUCAGAGAUCUUCUGAAGAAUUGGCAUAGCCUGUCAUUUUCAACUUUGAAUAAAGGCCCUCUGGAGUUGCCGCCUGAUUUGCAAUUCUUCCCAGCCCUGCUAUUUCAAACACUAGCUUUAGCACUACAAUUCCAACCAGUCGACUACGAUCAGAGUCUGGACUCCCUGAAAUAUGCCGCGGGCAUGUCAUUUGAUGACUUGGCAAGUGACUACAGCGACUCUGGUUGCCAAAUUCUCUGCCUACUCGGCAAGAGGCAUACGACUUUGGUCACGGUUCAAGCUGGAUUCCUUCGCACAGCAUAUCUCAAGAACUGUGGACUUGUACCCGAGAGUUGGCAUUAUCUAUCACAAACGAUCAGAGAUGCUCAAGAGGUUGGCCUGCAUAAGGUAAACAUUACGCAACAUCAACGGAAGCCAGACGAGAAGCCAGAAGAUGUCUUAGAGAGUCUCUGGCAAGAACAACUUCGACGGAGGAUGUGGUUGAUUUUGUCCCUAUGGGAUAUCCACAUGGCUAUUGUCCUCGGACGACCAACUACUGUCGAUCCACGAGAUGGAAAGCCAAAAUUCCCAAUUGAUGCGCCUACUCCCAAAAACCGGCGAGAGGUUGCCCCAGCACCAAGAACGGACUCAGAUCCUCCUACAUCACUUACAAUGCUCCUAUGGAAUGCUGAAGUAGCUGCACCUCUCUGGGAUAUCUUCAACCUUGAGAAAGAGGAUCCGAAUCAGAACAACUACCCAAAGCUAGAGAGGAUGCACAAGAUGAUCAAUCAGAUCACUUUACAUACACCACCAUGCUUCCGCACCGAAAAUCCAGACACCACUUUCGAUUCCCAUCCAGAUUGCUACUGGCUUCCUUGCGCGAGAGCAAUCUUCCAGAAUGGCGCAGCUUUUACAGUAAUGGCACUCCACAGGCCGUAUAUCUUCACAAACUCAAACAGCCGAACUGCGGCUCUAAAAGCAGGUCUCGACAUCCUUCGCGCCCAAAGAACAUACUUCAAUCUCCUCAGCAUCCGACAUUACAAGAUGUUCGCUCUCGUCCUCAAUACCUUCGACGCCAUCGUCCUCGUCGCAGCAAUCUACAUCUUGCACCCAACCGAGAAUCCAGAGUAUCUUGACGACGUCCUACAGCAUUUUCAGUGGGGCAUGGACCGCUUCGAGACCAUGGGCGACCGGAACGCAAUGGCAAACGCCGCAUUGAGCGUCCUCAAGGUAAUCUGCGUACGCCUCAGGAAAGCCCUCAAUCGCCCAGCCAAGACCGAAGCACCAUCCUCCAUAUCAGCAAGCACUACACCCGCGGCUCCAACACCAGACUCCUAUAGCACGCCUCAAUUCUCCGCAUCAUCUCACCCCUCCAUCUCUAGCGCCUCAACCAACUCAGCCAACCAAACCACAAGCACAAGUACAAGUAUUGCAACGCCCGCCAGUACCCAGUAUACACUCCCCACUAUCUCCAACAUGACGGAAUCCGCGCCUGCUCCCGCUCCUGCACCUGUCCCCGCACCAACAGCCUCAUGGGAAGCCUUCUCUAUGCCUCAGACAUUCGACUUCUCGUCCAUGGCGCCUCUACAGCCAAUGCAUGAUUUACUCUUCAACGACCUUGGGGGCACGAUUGAAGGAGGCUUUGACCUCGGUGCCGGCGGCUUGCAGACGCCUGGGAUCUGGGGGCCAGGGAAUGGCCCCGGAAAUGGCAUUGGGGACGUGGCGGCUGACACGGCUGCUCAGUGGCAGUUUGAGGGCGAUUUCGGGAAUGAUAGCUUUUGGGGGUUUAUGAAUACGUACAACGCUUAA